AUUGAUUUAAUCUAUACCAUGGCCCCAGAAAGAGUCUUUGUUAUUGGUGUUGGCAUGUCCAAAUUCAUCAAACCCCGUGGAAAGGUGGACUACACUGAAUUUGGUCUGGAAGCCUCUGUCAAGGCACUGAAUGACGCUGGUCUGUCUUACGACGAUAUUCAGUUUGCAGCCUGUGGAUAUGUAUUUGCUGAUAGUACAGCUGGGCAGCGUGUUUUAUACCAGCUGGGAAUGACCCAGAUCCCCAUAAUCAAUGUUAACAACAACUGCUCUACUGGUUCGACUGCUCUUUUGCAGGCUCGUAAUGCGGUUGCAUCUGGAUCCGUAGAAUGCGCAAUGGCACUUGGAUUCGAACGCAUGGCCAGUGGGUCCUUGGGAGCAGUGUUUUCUGAUCGUACAAAUCCUCUCGAUCAUGUUGGCACUGUGAUGUUCUCUGAACGAGGAGCCACAAAUGCUCCUUAUGCUGCCCAGAUUUUUGGAAAUGCUGGUAUAGCUUAUAUGGAAAAACACGGUGCUACACCGCGACAUCUUGCAAAGAUUGCCGAAAAGAACCAUCGUCACAGUUCAAACAACCCUUACUCCCAAUUCCAGACCAUCUACACACUUGAAGAAAUUGAAGAGUCACCAAAUGUUUUUGGUCCGCUGACGAAGCUGCAAUGCUGUCCUACUUCAGACGGUGCUGGUUGCGUUAUUGUUUGCAAUGAAUCGUUUGUAGUUAAGCAUGGUCUUGUUGACCAAGCCGUUGAAAUUGCUUCUCAGGUCAUGGCUACAGACUCCCCCCGUAUGUUGUCCAAGGACGGUAUAGAAUGGGCUGGCUCAGAUAUGACUCGCCGUGCUGCCUCUGAAGCCUUUAAAAAGGCCGGAAUUACUCCUAAUGAUGUCCAGGUGGUUGAGCUUCAUGACUGCUUCUCUGCCAAUGAAUUGUUGACAUAUGAUGCUCUUGGCUUGACACCCCCUGGAAAAGCACACACUCUAAUCGACUCUGGGGACAAUACGUAUGGUGGUAAAUAUGUCAUCAAUCCUUCUGGCGGACUCAUUUCCAAAGGACAUCCCCUCGGUGCUACUGGACUUGCUCAGUGUACAGAGCUUGUUUGGCAGAUCCGUGGCUGGGCUGGAGAUAGACAGGUGCCUAAUGUAGAGUAUGCCUUGCAACACAACGUUGGUUUGGGUGGUGCCGUUGUAAUAACUAUCUAUAAACGUGGCCAAGUUAAUCAGCCCAAACCCCUUACAAGAUAUAACCCAGGAUGUGAGGCACGUUAUAUUACUAGAGAAGACUUUGAAAAGGCUGCCUCAAAGCCUGAGAACAGAGCAGCUUUCUUUGAAUCAAAGCUUUAAAGAAGCAAUAGUAGAGCUUUAGAGUAACACACACAAACUGCACUGUGAUAACAAUAAAUACCCAUUUCUAAACUUC